GGUCAAUGUAUCUAGGCAAGAGAUAGCUAGUGGGCUGAAAUGCUUACCGCGGAGUUGAGAAAAGAAUUGAUCACGUGUCAGAGUUAGUUUUGCCGAAUAACCAUGAGCUCACGUUCCCUCCAAUCACGAAUCUUCAAUUUUCUCAACGAUGUCAUUCAUGGACAUGAACGUUUGUUACAUCAACCGCAUCAACAUUCGAGCCCCAGCAAAACAUGCCUGUCUGUACUCGUCGCCUGCUUCUGUGCCACCGGAGGAUUUUGUCGUUAGGCAGAAAUCAAUAUCACAGAUAGCAAGCCACUGAUUAUAUCGUUCAUUUCCAUUCGUUGAUUCGGUCUCAUCACUAUCUUCCCACUAGAUUGUUAGAGAUACCACCGGCCGCGAAUAGCCAUCAUGUAGAUGUCAGAGUCGAUGUCUUCAAUAUUCUCGAUACUCUCUACCACCAUCGAAUUCAAAUCAGAUACAGUCAGCUUUUAGUGGCCUCCCCUCUUGCCGGACUUCUACUGCAUCGAAAUGCUCGAUGCUUACAACGUUGCACUCGUGAAUGGUCAUGGCAAGUAAUUGCGGCAUGCCAAGCACAUGCGAUCGGUAGUCGGAAGUUAGAACAAGCUUUUCCAAGCCUUUUCUACAAGUUAUUGAUAACUGUUUGGCUGGCGCGAAGCAAAGAGCGAAGCAUAAGAUGACCAGGUCCAAGGAAGGGUAGCUGGUGAUAUCAGCAUUCAGUUUGACGGGAAUUAUCUCCUGUUGGAAGCCACCGUCUUGAAUAGGAAGGUGUGCAUGCCGCCAUGCUUUGACCCCGGAAAGUAUUAUCAAGAUAAUGAACUAUUGGCUGCUUUCUGAAGCUUUCAAACUUUAUUUACGAAAUUGUGUCAAAUUAUCAAGGUUUGGCGAACUUCACCUAUCAUUCUAGAAAGCGAAUCAGCCAAUGGUAAUACAUCGCGAUCACAAUUUUUGUCCUUUAUUCAAACCCUUGAAUAUCAUCGUCCUUGCCGUUGGUGGAAUACCUACUAAUUGCUUCGGAUGCAUUAAUAUUUCGGUUCAUACUUGUCUGCAUGAUCAUCACGUUAGCUACUUGAAGAAGGUGUGAGCGAAACGCCACUUCUACCCCUCUCAUGCACGUUUUCAAUUGUGUUAACUGAUAUUUAUAUACUCCAUCUUCCCUUCACGAUGGGAGUUUCCAAGUCCGUUUAUUAUUUUUAUUCUACAGCAAGUCUUGGAGGCAUAUUCCCUUGACUUGGUCUCCCCAUAUAUUGCCCAACAUGACUACACCCAUGGCAAGUCUCGCCCUAGAAGGUGGUGAUCCACGAGAUCCUCAUCAUCCCAUAAUAGAUGUUGCUAAGGCUACGGAACUGGCACUGCCUUCUAUACAUGACCCUAGUAUCACUUUCGAAGAAUAUAUAUACUGGGCCGAAAUCACUCGUGCUGAGGAGAAAGUUGCGAAUGAGAAGUUUAUUACUGCUCAAGGACCGAGAAAUUGGAAAUCCACGAUCAAGAAUCGAUUCUCCACGGGAAAAGCUGCAAAAGAAUCAUUUGACACUCCACCCGCAACAACCUUAACUUCAAACGAAAAAUACGGUGUAGACGAGAAGUCUGUUAUUCCUGGUGGGCCAGUACAACCAACUGUUUCGGAGGCUGAGUGGAAGAAUGCGAGUCGUGCUGUUCGUACCGCUGGUUGGUCAGGUGUCUUUUAUCUCAUUACAACUGAUAUCCUUGGUCCUUUCAGUGUUCCUUGGGCCUUUGCCCAGAUGGGCUACGGGCCGGGAAUUGCCCUCUACACUGUAUUUGGCGGAUUUGCUUUAUACUCCGGCUGGCAAAUCUUCAGCAUCUUUCUUGCGCUUGACUCAGAUAAAUACCCUGCAAAGUCGUUUGCUGAUCUGUUCUUUCGUGUUUUUGGUCCUUGGGCUCGUCAUGGUAUCAAUGUCGCCCAGUGCAUCCAACUUUUAUUCACUGUGUCUAUCCUUAUUCUCUCCAACGGCCAAUCCAUUUCCCAAAUCGCCAAGGGAAAUCUAUGCUUUGUUGCUUGUUUGAUAGUUUUCAUGGCUGCUGGUAUGAUCUUGGGACAAAUUCGCACGCUUCAAAGAUUCGGCUGGCUCGCAAACUUCGCAGUCUGGAUCAACGUCCUCAUAAUUUUCAUCUGUAUGGGUGUCGUAGCUAAUUCACCUCCUAAUUAUGCUUCUGUUGAAGCUUCGUAUGGAGAAGCCUUUGGCCCAGGUAAAGUGCACCGUUACGCGGGAACGCCACCACCUGGAAAAGCAACCGGGGGAGACGGGUUCGUUGGCUCUCUAAAUGGACUAAACCAAGCAGUUUAUUCUUAUGGGGGCGCUAUGCUUUUUGUUGCUUUCCUCGCCGAAAUGCGCCAUCCCAUGGAUUUCUGGAAGGGCCUCAUCUGUGCUGAUCUAUUCAUCUACUUUGUAUACAUGUUCUUUGGUAUCUUCGUUUAUUCUUAUCAAGGUCAAUAUUCGUUCAAUCCUGUCAUCCAAGGUCUUUCGCCCUACAACUGGCAAACUGCAGCAAACAUCAUGAAUCUGAUCACUGGUCUUAUUGCCGCCGUACUCUACGGUAACAUUGGUAUCAAAGUGGCAUACAUUGAAGUUUUCCAAGGUCUUCUCAGAGCGCCACCUUUAACCACCAAAUCCGGUAAAAUACUCUGGAUUGCAAUGGUACCCCUAUACUGGGCAAUCGCUUUCGUUGUCUGUGCUGCAAUCCCUCAAUUCUCUUACAUUUCCGGUCUUGUGGGCGCACUUUUCAUUCUCCAAUUCACAUACACAUUUCCAGCUAUUCUCGGGUUUGGAUACCAGAUCCAAAAAGAUGCCAUGCUUCCAGAAGAGUCAUUUAAUCCUUCAACUGGGACGUAUAGUUAUGUUGAUAGGGGCGUCAAGAGAUGGAUUAGGGGAUUCAAGGUUAAUUGGUGGUUCAACAUCUUCAACUUUGUCUACUUCCUUGGGGCAUUGACAACGGCGGCGUUGGGUAUUUACACCAGUUGUCUUGGUUUGAUGGGUGCUUUUGAUGGAGCUAGUUCAGCAUCUAGUUUUGGUUGCACGUCACCUGUUUAGGUGUGUGUAAUCUCUUGUUGAAGCAUAGAAUCGGUGGUUGGAGUUGCAUGGGUGGAUUAACCUAGCGAAGAAGGAUGAGGGGUUCAAGAUGUAUGACUCCCAAAUGCGGAAAGGAAAUCUGAAGUGUCUAUGAGGGGCAUUGAAUCGUAUUCAUGUUCCAAGGGUAAUUCUUCAACGGAAAAUGAUGUUAGUUGUAUGAAGAUCUAGUGGGGCUACUUUUUUUUAGUCGUACCUUCACAUUUUAAUAAAUUAAUUUUGCUGCAUAAUAAGCCA